CUUAUUGCUGUGUGUCCUCUGCUCCUAGAGUCCCAGCCUCUGUGGCCCUGUGACCUGCAGGUAUUGGGAGAUCCACACCUAAGUCGCCAGGAUCCCCUGGAAGCCUAGAAAUGGGAUCAUUGACAUUUAGGGAUGUGGCCAUAGAAUUCUCUCUGGAGGAGUGGCAAUGCCUGGACUCUGCACAGCAGAAUUUAUAUAGGAAUGUGAUGUUAGAGAACUACAGAAACCUGGUCUUCCUGGAUAUUGCUGCCUUUAAGCCAGACCUGAUCAUUUUUCUGGAGCAAGGAAAAGAGCCCUGGAAUAUGAAGAGACAUGAGAUGGUGGAAGAACCCCCAGUUAUAUGUCCUUAUUUUGCUCAAGACCUUUGGCCAGAGCAGGGCAUAGAAGAUUCUUUCCAAAAAAUGAUAUUGAGAAGAUAUGAAAACUGUGGAUAUGGGAAUCUACACUUAAAAAUUGGUUGUACCAAUGUGGAUGAGUGUAAGGUGCACAAAGAAGGUUAUAAUAAACUUAACCAGAGUUUGACAACUACACAGAGCAAAGUAUUUCAAUGUGGCAAAUAUGCAAACAUCUUUCAUGAAUGUUCAAAUUCAAACAGACAUAAGAUAAGGCAUACUGGAAAGAAACUUUUGAAAUGUAAAGAAUAUGUCAGAUUAUUUUGCAUGCUUUCACACCUAUCUCAACAUAAAAGAAUUUAUACUAGAGAGAAUUCCUACAAAUGUGAAGAAAAUGGCAAAGCUUUUAACUGGCCCUCAGUCCUUACUAAACAUAAGAUAAUUCAUACUGGAGAGAAACCCUACAAAUGUGAAGAAUGUGGCAAAGCCUUCAGCUGGUCCUCAAGCCUUACUGAACACAAGAGAAUUCAUACUGGAGAGAAACCCUACAAAUGUGAAGAAUGUGGCAAAGCCUUUACGUCAUCUUCAACUUUUAGUUAUCAUAAGAAAAUUCAUACUGGAGAGAAACCCUACAAAUGUGAAGAAUGUGGCAAAGCCUUUAGUAAGGUCUCAACUCUUAAUAAACAUAAGGCAAUUCAUGCUGAAGAGAAGCCCUACAAAUGUGAAGAAUGUGGCAAAGGUUUCAACUCAUCCUCAAAGCUUAUGGAACAUAAGAGAAUUCAUACUGGAGAGAAACCCUACAAAUGUGAAGAAUGUGGCAAAGCCUUCAGGUGGUCAUCAAGCCUUACUGAACACAAGAGAAUUCAUACUGGAGAGAAACCCUACAAAUGUGAAGAAUGUGGGAAAGCUUUUAAUCGAUCCUCGAUCCUUACUAAACAUAAGAUAAUUCAUACUGGAGAGAAUCCCUACAAAUGUGAAGAAUGUGGCAAAGCCUUUAGUAAGGUCUCAACCCUUAAUACACAUAAGGCAAUUCAUGCUGAAGAGAAGCCCUACAAAUGUGAAGAAUGUGGCAAAGCUUUCAACUCAUCCUCAAAGCUUAUGGAACAUAAGAGAAUUCAUACUGGAGAGAAACCCUACAAAUGUGAGGAAUGUAGCAAAGCCUUCAACUGGUCCUCAAGCCUUACUGAACACAAGAGAAUUCAUACUGGAGAGAAACCCUACAAAUGUGAAGAAUGUGGCAAAGCUUUUAAUCGAUCCUCAACCCUUACUAAACAUAAGAUAAUUCAUACUAGAGAGAAACCCUACAAAUGUGAAGAAUGUGGCAAAGCCUUUAGUAAGGUCUCAACCCUUAAUACACAUAAGGCACUUCACACUGAAGAGAAGCCCUACAAAUGUGAAGAAUGUGGCAAAGCUUUCAACUCAUCCUCAAAGCUUAUGGAACAUAAGAGAAUUCAUACUGGAGAGAAACCCUACAAAUGUGAAGAAUGUGGCAAAGCCUUCAGGUGGUCCUCAAGCCUUACUGAACACAAGAGAAUUCAUGCUGGAGAGAAACCCUACAAAUGUGAAGAAUGUGGGAAAGCUUUUAAUCGAUCCUCGAUCCUUACUAAACAUAAGAUAAUUCAUACUGGAGAGAAUCCCUACAAAUGUGAAGAAUGUGGCAAAGCCUUUAGUAAGGUCUCAAACCUUAAUACACAUAAGGCAAUUCAUGCUGAAGAGAAGCCCUACAAAUGUGAAGAAUGUGGCAAACCUUUCAACUCAUCCUCAAGGCUUAUGGAACAUAAGAGAAUUCAUACUGGAGAGAAACCCUACAAAUGUGAAGAAUGUGGCAAAGCCUUCAGCUGGUCCUCAAGCCUUACUGAACAAAAGAGAAUUCAUGCUGGAGAGAAACCCUACAAAUGUGAAGAAUGUGGCAAAGCCUUCACCUGGUCCUCAGGCUUUACUAAACACAAGAGAAUUCAUGCUGUAGAGAAGCCCUACAAAUGUGAAGAAUGUGGCAAAGGGUUUAGUACGUUCUCAAUCCUUACUAAACAUAAGGUAAUUCAUACUGGAGAGAAACCCUACAAAUGUGAAGAAUGUGGCAAAGCCUUCAGCUGGUCCUCAAUCCUUACUGAACAUAAGAUAAUUCAUACUGGAGAGAAACCCUACAAAUGUGAAGAAUGUGGCAAAGCCUUCAGCAGGUCCUCAAGCCUUACUAGACACAAGAGAAUUCAUACUGGUGAGAAACCCUACAAAUGUGAAGAAUGUGGUAAAGCCUUUAAGUCAUCCUCAACCAUUAGUUAUCAUAAGAAAAUUCAUACUGGAGAGAAUCCCUAAAAAUGUGAAGAAUGUGGCAAAGUCUUCAGCUGGUUCUCAGUCUUUAGUAAACAUAAGAAAAUUCAUGCUGGAGAUAAAUUCUACAAAUAUGAAGAAUGUGGCAAACCUUUUAACAGUCCUCAACCUUUAUUACACGUAAGAAAAUUCAUGCUGGAGAGAAACACUACAAAUGUGAAGGAUGUCGCAAAGGCUUCAACUGGUCCUCAAAUCUUAUGGAACAUAAGAGAAUUCAUGCUGGAGAGAAAACUUGCAAAUGUGAAGAAUGUGAUAAAGACUUCAACUGGUCCUCACACCUUACUACUCAUAAAAGAAUUCAUACUGGAGGAAAAAUCCUACAAAUGUGAAAAAUGUGGCAAAGCUUUUCAUUAGUUCUCAACCCUUACUGAACAUAAGGGAAUUUAUACUGGAGGGAAACCCUACAAAUGUGAAGAAUGUGGCAAGCCUUUUAACUGUUCCUCAAUCCUUACUAAACAUAAGGUAAUUCAUAUGGGAGGGAAUUCCUACAAUUGUGUGGAAUGUGGCAAAGGCUCUAACCAGUCCUUAAGGCUUACUACAUAUAAGACAACUCAUACUGGAGAGAAACCCUACACAUGUCAAGAAUAUGGGAAAGCCUCUAACAGAUCCUCAAUUCUUAAGAGAUAUAAGCUAAUUCAUACACGAGAGAGACUCUAUAAACCUGAAAGAUGUGGCCAUGCUUUUGGAAAUACCUCAGACUUUUCUGAAUAUAAAAGAAGUCAUACAGAUGAGAAAUCCUAGAAAUGUGAAGAAUGUGACAAAGCCUUUAAAUGGCUGUCACACUUGAUCGUAGGUAAGAUAACUCAUACUGGAGAAAACUACUAGAAUAAACAAUGUGGCAAACAUUUAACCAAUGCUCAUGCAUUAUUGCAAAGGAAAGCAUUUACACUAGCCUGGGCAACAGAGAGAGACUGUGUAUGGGAAAAAAAAAAAUUGUGAAUGUCACUAAUAUCUUCUCACAUCUUAUUCAACAUCAGAGAGUUCAUACUAAAUAAAAGUAUUAAAAGUGCAAUUAUUGUCACUAGAUCUUUCAGAAAAUAAAAGCCCUUA